AUGUACGUACCUCGCUCUGGAACCAAUAGACAAAAACCAAAACUGACACGAUGCAGGCUUAUCCCCAAGGCAGACCGCAAGAAGAUCCACGAGUACCUCUUCCGAGAGGGUGUGCUCGUGGCCAAGAAGGACUACAACCUUCCUCAGCACCAGGACAUUGAGACUAAGAACCUCUAUGUCAUCAAGGCUUGCCAAUCGCUCACCUCGCGCGGCUACCUCAAGACCCAGUUCUCAUGGCAAUACUACUACUACACCCUGACCCCCGAGGGACUUGACUAUCUCCGCGAAUGGCUACAUCUGCCUGCCGAGAUCGUCCCCGCGACGCACAUUAAGCAGCAACGUACGCACGCUCCUCCUCGUGGCAUGAUGGGUGGUGACGACCGUGAGCGCCGCGGCGGUGGCCGUGGUGGCCCAAGAGGUGACCGUGAGGGAGGAUACCGUCGCCGUGAUGCCGGUGAGGGCAAGGAAGGCGGUGCGCCGGGCGAGUUUGCUCCUACUUUCCGUGGUGGAUUCGGCCGUGGUCGUGGUGCUGCUCCUCCCAGCUAG